UAUAUUCCUACUUUAGUUUCCUUUUAUUAUGUCAGAGUGAUAUAUAUAUCAUUAAAUUUUUGAAAUUAUCUUUACUAAUUUUGUAUUAUCUAUACAAUAGAAAAUAGUGAAUGUUAAUGUUAUUUUUAGCUCAAAACCAAAAAAAAUAUUUUUUAAUAAUAACAAUAUUAUCUCAAAAUUAUAUUUAUUAUCUGUUUGAUAAUAGUAUUCCUUUCAGAUUAGAAUAAAUUACAAAGCUAAAAUAUAUGUUUAUAUAAAAUUAUUUUCCUUAUGUUUCUGUCUGUAGGGCGGACCUGCCCUACUACUCCUGAAAAUAGAGUUGGAGAAUAACCGAGCGUGAGACCACCCGCACUUGACCAGCUUUCUUUCUUCUUCCAUUAUUUUACGGUACCAUAUUAUGAACAGUAGACAAGUGAAAAGAACUUCCGAUUACAAUCUCAGAGCGAUGAGUUCCGAGGAAGAGAAGGUCAUUAUUACAAGAAACUUUCGAUUGUUGGAAGAGCUUGAAAGAGGUGAGAAAGGUAUCGGAGACGGUACCGUCAGCUAUGGAAUGGAUGAUGCUGACGAUAUUCUCAUGCAAUCUUGGACUGGCACCAUCAUUGGUCCUCAUAGUACUGCCUAUGAAGGGAAAAUCUUCCAGCUCAAGCUUUUUUGUGGCAAAGAUUAUCCACAAAGCCCACCUACUGUCAGGUUCCUGACCCGGAUUAACAUGUCUUGCGUUAACCCUGAUAAUGGAGUGGUCGAACCAAGUCACUUCCCUAUGCUUUCCAACUGGAGAAGAGAAUACACAAUGGAAGAUUUACUUAUGCAGCUUAAAAAAGAGAUGAUGUCAACCCAUAACCGCAAGUUGUCUCAACCCUUGGAAGGUAAUGAGGAAGAGAGAACAGACCCAAAGGGACUUGUGGUGAAAUGUUGUGUCAUGUGAAGCCAAGGUAAAUGAGGAAUUUGUAAGAGAAUUUAAGAGAGAAAAAACAGUGUAAAUAUAUAUAAACAUCAGAUUUUUACGCUUUGACAUUGUCUGCCUCAGACUCCCCUUUCUUCUACAGGCAUUAAUCCUACCUAUUUGAUUAUGUAUCAUGUAAUGUUUGAGAAUAUAUCAAUUCCUAAUAAACUCUAGCUCUUCUUCUCCUCGUUCA